CAUUGCUUGUUUUACUAUUAAUCAUUCUGGACGGUGCAUGUUAUUUCAAUCCUGUUCCCUGUAUUUCUACCCGAUCUUGGUAAUAAACUGUUGUUCUACCAUAGAUUAAUACAGAACAUUGUUUGUCAUCUGAGUAUUACAGCUUCGAUAGCUAUUGCUAGAGUCUGUAAGGUAGUAUAGACAGUGAGUGGCUAGAAUUUCGAGGGUUGGAAGUCGAAGAAGUAAGGAAACGCAAAUGAGGUGACACUGAUGCUCGUAUGUUAUAAAUGCGAUGGCAACAAGUUCACCACUGUCACACAACACUGCAAUGGCAUGCAGCCCUGAUGUAAACAGGAGUCUGAAGGAGGCUUUGUAUGAGACGUUAAAUGGAAUUCUAUCCCCUCAUCAUGACAUUAGGAUUGCAGCAGAAGAGAGAAUUCAAGCUUUGGAAGUCACAGAAGACUUUGGCAUUCACCUUACUGAGUUUACUCUUGAUCCUGACGGUCCAUUGCCUGUGCGGCAACUAGCAUCUGUUCUUUUAAAGCAGUACGUUGAAACCCAUUGGUGCAGUUACUCAGAAAAAUUUAGACCUCCGGAAACAACAGAGCAUGCGAAAGUCACCAUUAAAGAGCUUCUUCCCCAUGGAUUGAAGGAAUCUAUUAGUAAGGUGAGAUCGUCGGUAGCAUAUGCAAUUUCUGCGGUUGCACAUUGGGAUUGGCCAGAAAACUGGCCAGAUCUAUUUGAUAUCUUGGUUAAUUACCUAUCCAAUGGAAAUGAGUGGGCAGUACAUGGAGCAAUGCGAGUUCUCACAGAGUUUUCUCGCGAUCUGACCGACACGCAACUUCCUCAUGUUGCUCCUGUCAUCUUAUCAGAAAUGUAUCGUAUAUUUGAAGAUGAACAGAAAUACAGUGUUCGUGUCAGGGGACGAGCCGUGGAAAUCUUUACCACGUGUGCUUUCUUGAUUUCCGCGAUGUCCGAUUACAACAAAGGAGUAACAAGAACGUUGCUGAAUCCAGUUCUGCCUUCAUUUUCUGAGAGAUUCGUUCAUGGGCUGCAGGUUCCUAAUGGAUUUCUCAGUGAUUCAUGUUUAAAAACAGAUAUUAUAAAAGCCCUGACACUUCUAGUUCAGCGAGUACCAAAGCAGAUGGCUCCGUGGCUCCCGCAGAUACUGCCUCCUGUUUGGCAGACCCUCACGCAAAGUGCAGAUAUUUAUCUGAAGACUGUUGUGAAUGGAACUGAGGAAGUGGAUGAAGUUGUAGACUCUGAUGGUGAGGUUCUUGGAUUUGAAAAUUUGGUGUUCAGCAUAUUUGAGUUUGUUCACGCAUUGGUUGACUGUCACAAGUUCUCCAAAACAGUUGAAUCUGCACUGACAGACUUACUGUAUUACCUAAUUCUUUUCAUGCAAAUAACGGAGGAACAGGUACGUUUGUGGACUGCAAACCCUAAUCAGUUUGUUGAAGAUGAAGAUGAGGACACAUUUGCAUAUUCAGUAAGGUUAUCAGCUCAAGAAUUAUUAUUGACACUGUGCACAGAGUUUGAAGAUGGCAGUUGCUCUGCCCUGUGCCAGGCUGCAACAAAACACGUUCAAGAAGCAGAUUCUCAGCGGAACUCAAAUGAUGGGAACUGGUGGAAAAUUCAUGAAGCAUGCAUGUUUGCAUUUGGUUCAGUAAAGGGCGUGGUUAUGGAGAAGCUAGAAGCUGGUGAAGUAGUCUUUGAUUUGACUGGUUUUCUUCAGAAUGUCGUCGUUGCAGAUAUGAAUUCUACCGGUCCACCGUUCUUACUCGGUCGUUGUCUGUGGGUGGGAAGUCAAUAUACGCAGUUCAUGUCUCCACCGAUGAUAGAACAGUUCCUCCAAGCAACUGCAACAGGUCUGCAGCCAACUCAACUGCCAAAUAUAAGAAUAUCAGCCAUUCGGGCAGUUUGGGGCUUCUGUGAACAUUUGAAGAAUUCAAACAACACAGGAAUGCUUGUCUCACUCCUUCCCUCAAUGAUGGAUAAUCUUCUUGGAAUGGCUUCUCAGUAUUCAUGUGAAGUCCUCAGUCUUGUCAUGGAUACGCUCGCACUUGUUUUAUCAAUUGAUAGAAACUUCACAGCUUCUUGUGAGUCCAAAGUGACUUCCCUUGCAAUAGCAGUCUUCCUCAAAUUUAAUUCUGAUCCUGUUAUCAUCACUUUAGUUCAGAAUGUGUUCAAGGAAUUGUCUCAGAACCCUGAGUGUUUGUCUCCACUACAGCAUCGCUUAGUGCCAACACUCGUUAGCAUUUUAAAUGCUCCUGUGGAUAAAAUUCCAUCAGGCUUGCAGGCUGUAGCAUUAGAUGUCCUCCAGACGCUUGUUCGUUAUUCAGAGCCGCCACUGAGUGAUUUGCUCAUGAAUACGGCUUUCCCAGCUGCCCUUCAGUGUAUUCUGAGGACAAAUGAUAAUUCGACAAUGCAGAGUGGAGGGGAAUGUUUACGUACCUAUAUCUCUAUUGCUCCUGAACAAGUAUGCAACCAUCAAGACAGUGAAGGACACACAGGCUUAUGGUAUAGUCUUCAGGUAGCGGCGCUUCUGUUGAAUCCUUCGUCUUCAGAAUAUACCGCAACAUUUGUUGGUCGUCUCAUCGUUACGCUUAUAACCAAGGCAGGAAAUAUCUUGGGUGAAAAUUUGGAUAUACUUUUGAAGGCUGUACUCAGUAAAAUGCAAAGAGCUGAAACUUUAAGUGUAAUACAGAGCCUUGUUAUGGUGUAUGCUCAUCUGAUACAUACUCAGCUUGAUGCUGUUCUGAACUUCUUGUCCACCGUUCCUGGUCCUACUGGCCAGUCAGCACUUCAAUUCGUCCUUACCGAGUGGUGUUCACGUCAGCACCUUUUCUACGGAGCAUAUGAAGCGAAAGUCAGUACUGUGGCACUGUGUAAAUUGUUGGAGCAUGGGAUUGCAUCUAACGACAGUCGACUGAAUAACAUAACUGUAAAAGGAGAUGAAGUAUUUGUAACAGAUGUUAUUCGAACCCGUUCUCAGACUCAGAAUCAGUCACCGCAGUGGACAAAUAUCCCUCUUCUGGUGAAAAUUUAUAAGUUAUUGGUGAAUGAACUGAGCAAUCAGAUGGAAGCAGACAUGGCACGUGACGAGGAGGAGGAAGAGACAGAUGAGGAAUGGGAAGAAGAUGAACUUGGUAAAGGAGAACAAGGGGUUUCUGUGUCACAAAUUCUUGGAGAAUCAGGUUACAAAGUGGAGGAAGCAGGAGAUGAUGAGGAUCCAGACGCUUUGCAGGACCCGGUGUAUCACCUAAAUAUCCAGCAAUACUUGACUGAAUUCUUGCAGUCCUUCAGUCAGCAGCCAUAUUUCCACGCCUUUCUUCAACAUCUUAAUAAACAAGAGGAGCGAGUUUUAGCAUCAAUUGGUGUAGCUACAUGUAAAGUGUAAUAUGUAUUAAAUCAGGGAUAAAUAAGAAAAUAAGAACUGAUAAACAGAAGUCUAUAGUCGUAAGAACCUACUGAAUUCCAUAAUAAAAUGUAGGAUAUGAUAUCUACAUAUUGUGUGUUAGUUUUAUUUUAUAAUAAUCUUCUGUUAAUUGUGUAUUAAUAUUAUCUUUAAUAUAACACCAAAGUAAGGGUCAUGUGCAUAGUGAUAAAUACUGGCUUGCAAGUUUCUUAAUGGGUUAUUAUAAAUGUUGGAGUUAAAAUAACAAAUCAGGGUAGUAAAUUGUUAUAUACAGGUUGAUCAAAAGUCACGAGGCCCAUUCUUGACAUAUCCUAAACCAACCAGAUGGCUUACGGAAUUCGAAGGUUCAUCACCGAAUUAACCAAAGCCCUCCACCGGACCCUGUCCUGGGCCAACAAAAUCCAGUCUCCUUCAACUCCUAUCUCCCAUAGAUCCCGCCUGAGAUUAUUCUGCCUUCUACGUCUAGGUCUCCCCAGUGGUCUCUUCCCCUCGGGCUUCCCGACCAAUACCCGAUGCACACCUUUUGUCCCAUCCAAGCACGCUACAUACCCCGCCCAUCUCAUUCUUUUCGACCUAAUCACCCUGACAAUAUUGGGGGAGGAGUACAGAUUUUUAAGCUCAUCAUUAUGCAGUUUUCUCCAUGCCCCAUUGUUUAUAUCCUAUAUUUAUCAAAAAAUAAAUUACGUUGAAAUCGGAAAACAAAAAGCAGUGUUAUGUAAAGUGCUGGAAUGUCCACCAUGUUCUUUGAUACAUACAUUCAUGUUUUUCCUCGUGUUUGAUGCAAUUGGUGAAGAGUUCCUGUGUAAUGGGAAGUGGUUUACCAGAUGAGAUAUUGUCGAUUUGUUUGACUUGGGAAAAUUUGGAAAUGUAUCCCUAAACUCUUUCUUAUGAGUGAGGUGCCAGGUAGUUUUUGACAAUGAACAUUCGGUAAACUUAUGAAAAAUACAUCCUUACACUUCGACUGUUUGAAGACAAUUGACAGACUGGCACAAGCAGGUUACAACAUGAAAUGACCUGUGUGGGCUGUUGAAGAGUCAUAGCGAUGUUGUGUUUUUAUUAAUUCGGUUGAAUUGUAUUGAAUUGCGACCAUCAAUUAAUAUUCUAAUAUGGGUUGCGUGAUUUUUGAUUACCUUGUACAAUAAAAGUUGGAUAUUAGGAGAACUUGCAUUAUCCUGAACAAAGCCAUUAAGCAGUAAAAUAUCAUACAUGAUGAGUCGUAGAGCUGAGAGCCAAUGUUUUUGCAAAUGGGUUUAGAAAGUGUGCUGUCAGCAACGAUAUCAAACCUGUUCAUCUUUAAGAUAUUACUUUCUGAAAAGAAUGUUAAGCUGAUUAAUAAUAAAGAAUUUGAUUAAUUA